CUUUGUCUUCUUUCAGACAUCCUCAAUUAACACAUCCUCAGAAACCAUGAGGUACGUAUUUUUCGCUCUUCCUAUUUUCCUGUUGUUAUUCUCGCUUCUUUUUUUUUUUUAAAACAAAUGAAUAAGUAGGGAAGAAAAAAAUUUAGUUUGAGUUGAAUAGCUAGAUCAUUAAUUUACUAAUAACUUGAACUUAAGUUUUUGAAAUUAAUGGACUUAAAUCCUUCGGCUUUGUUAAGCCAUUACGCAGAGACUAUCUUACUUUGUUAGAGUCCAUCAUCAUCUUAUUAUCUCUCUCUUACUUUCUUAUCAUCAUCUUACUAUCUCUCUCUUAGUUUCUUACUAUCUCUCUCUUACUUUGUUCUUACUAUCUCUCUAGAGUCCACCAUCUUCUUUCAGACAUCCUCAGAAAUCAGUAACCUGAAUUAACACAUCGUCACUUCACAGUUAUCCCUCACAUUAAGACAUCCUCAUCUCUCUUACUUUGUUAGAGUCCACCGUCUUCUUUCAGACAUCCUCAGAAACCAGAAACCUCAAUUAACACAUUCUCACUUAUAGUCAUCCCUCACAUUACGACAUCCUCAGAAACCAUGAGAACAGCUCCUGGUGUUGGUGGUGGGAGUGACUUCGACGUGAAGAGUGACCGCACCGGAGGAACGGGCGGGAAUGGUGCUGCUGGUCUUGGAUCUAAUGGUGCGGCUGCAACUGGGAUGGGUAACACGUGGCAAUUUGAGUGCGGAGACUCUGGUUCACUGGUUGCUUUGACUACGCGUGUUGAAAACAGAAGCCAAUGGGCACGGCUUGUGUUAGAUUUCAUGAGAGGGGGAAUUGAUGGAGAAAGGAUCAUGCAGGUAGAGAUCUUGCCUAGGGCACACAUAGACCUCAUCCCGAGCACCAUUUUUGGCAAUGACAAUGAAGACAAUCCUGUUUUUGUGUAUGCUCAUCUUGAUGGAAUGGACCCACAAUUGUGGACUCCUAUAGCCCCAAAUAUGAUUAAGUAUAAUGCUAAGGUUUUUCUGGGAUAUGUGGAAUAUCGCAGGCCAAUUGAAACUGCAUUUUUUGGUGGAUCUAAGUUAGGAAGGCUCAGGGUUGUUGUUAAGGUGAAAAAUGCUAUGAAGAAGGUGAUGGAUAAAAUUAUGGGUAUAAACUGAUGAGGUAAAUAUGUUCUGUACUUCGAUUUUUCCUUCACAAGAUCUUUUGGUCCUUUAUUAUUGAGUUUUGAUGUUAAUUUAUCAUGGAUAUCAUGCUUCUAUUUUGCUUAUAAGUCUUGUCCUUUUUUUUUUUCAGGAGAUUUCAUUUGUCAUCCAAACUAUCAGAACAAAUUAUAUAUGGCAUGUAUAAACAGCAGAUUUCAUAUUUCAUCCAAACAGUCAGAAUAAUUUAUGUAUGCCAUGUAUAAACACUUUCUUUCUAUUGUUAGACUUUCUGGAUACAUGCUGUUCUUGGCUCUUCGCUGUUUGACAUACUUAUGACAUCGAGUAGUAAUUUGAUUCUUACUUUUCCUAUUGGGUUCUUGAAUUGAUGUUGGGAUUUCAUGUUUGUUUCAAGGGGAAAAGUAUGAAGUGGAAUUGGUUACUUCUUCUUUUCUUACUUUUGGAAGUCUAUUUUGUUAUGUUCAAUUGGAUUUUGGGGGGGUUUGAGUUGAAGAAAUGGACCUUCUAAAC